CCCACGACUAAGUCCCACUGGAUUCAAACGGUUGCGUUACUUUUAUAUUUUGGUGCGAUGCAUGUUGUCGAUUCAGAGCUUAGUCCGCAAGAAUCACUCGAUGAUAAUGUUGGUAACGUCUUUUAUACUUCCCCUCACAUAUUUUAGUCAUCAAUUCAACGUCUUCCAGUAGUGAUGAUGACACUUUCUCUCCCAUCGGUAAAUCGUAAUACCUACUUACAUUUGUCCUAGUCAAUUCUUUAAAUUCAUUCAACCUUCAACCAAAGGAUGGUGACUACAGCAAGUUCAAGAAACAGCUUGAAAGUGACUUAAGAAUCGGUAGUGCCUAUCAUAUUGGGACUUCAGUUAACCCAUCAUUCAAUCUUUCUAAUUCAUCUGUUCAAAACAGUGAUGAUGGUAAGGACAUCAAAUCUCGAGCAUUUAUGCGGCAUCCGUUCAAUUUGUUAUUGGCUCGUGAGCAAGGAGAUAUUGGUCCAUCGUCAAAAUCACGCAGAUUACGUUACAGGGCAUCUCGUUGGACAACUGAAGGCAGUCAAAGAUAUGAUGGUUUACAAAUAUAUGGAUGCCGGACCAAAGGAGUUCUUUAUCCUGAUGCUCAAACCUUUCAAGAAAGUGUUCAAGGUAGCCUUUGGGCUGUCACGCGAUUACAUUUAGAAAAUAAAUUUGAGGUGAAAUUUAUCCCUGAAUCAAAUGAUUUACAAAUUGUUUCAUGUGCAUGUGAUUCCGAAGUGAGAUUAGCACAACUUUCUCCUACUGGUGGUUUAGCUUGCCCUACACGUCUAUUAGUCAAACAUAAUAGAGCAUGUCAUAAAUUAUCAAUUCCAAAUGGUGAACCAAAUCUUGUUCUGUCAGCUGGUGCCGAUGGACAAGUAUUUUCAAUAGAUUUAAGAUUUCCCAAAGCUCGCAAAUUAUUAUGGUUACCAUUCUCGGAAUUUUUCUCCAUUGCAUCUAAUCCAACACGUCCAUAUGAAUUUGCAUUGUGUGGUAGAUCGGAAUCGAUUGUACGAAUAUAUGAUCGGCGUAAAAUUGAUAAACGAGAUCCGAAUAGUGGACUUUUGCAUACAAUCGGCGCAGAUCAUUUACGUGGAGAUCGACGUCGUAGAGAUGAGAAUGGAGUGGUAGUUCAAGCAAAUCGUCGAUUAAUCAAUUCAUGUCGAAAUCGUUUACAAGCUUCGCUCACUUCUGAUUCCGACUCGGAUUCAGCAGAUUCUAAUCAUUUAUUAAAUUCUUUAUCUGUACAACUUGGUCGUCGAAUUCGUGCUGUACUGAAUGGUUUACGAGGUCGUGCUCGUGCAGCUCUAUUAAUGGGUAACAAUGAUGAAGAUAUUCUUUCAACUGAUCCUUCAUAUAAUUUUGAAGUGACAAAGUACAGUGUCACAGCUGCUGUAUAUAGUGCUCAGGGUGAUUCUCUUCUCUUGUCAUAUAAUGAUGAAAAUAUUUAUCUGUUUGAUAUUAAUCAACCGAAUAAACCAUAUUUACACAAAUACUCUGGACAUCGUAAUAUGCAAACAAGUUAG